GACCUCUUUGAAGGCUCUGAUAGGAUGAAUUAAAAUGAAAACAUAAUGUGGGUGGAAGCCUAAAUAUUCAGUUUCCUUUCACUUCUCAGUAUAAAUUCAAGCUCACAUUUGUUUGAAACAGAGCCUCAUCUUUGCUGUUGGGUCAGGGAAACAACAAUAAAGAUGACAGCAGAACAGAGUAUCCUGGAAAGGAAUGGCUACACACCAGAUAAAAAAACAAUUAAGGACAAUUCUGUUGUUGCUACAAAGGGAGGUGACAAAUUUCUCAUAAAAAAGAUCACAUCACAUCAGGAAACAACAAUAAAGAUGAGAGCAGAACAGAGUAUCCUGGAAAGGAAUGGCUACACACCAGAUAAAAAAACAAUUAAGGACAAUUCUGUUGUUGCUACAAAGGGAGGUGACAAAUUUCUCAUAAAAAAGAUCACAUCACAUCAGACAUCUGGAAGUGCAGACCUCGACUCAGAGAUAGAAAUCCUCAGCACAAUAAGCCAUCCUCAUAUUGUGAGCUGCAAGAACUCUUUUAAAGGUAACAACACUCACUAUGUGGUGAUGAACUAUUGUGAGGGAGGAAGUCUUGCUGCAAAGAUCAGAGAGGGUCAGCCCAACCAUGAGUCUCAGGUACUGAGCUGGAUUGUUGAGAUCUGUGUAGCCUUGAAAACCAUUCAUGAAAAAGGGUUGAUUCACAAAAAUCUGACACCAGAGAAUGUAUUUCUCACUGAAUUUGGAACCGUGUGCUUGGGAGAUCUUGGAAAAAUCAACAAAAAUUGUUCAACGAGCACACAAUCGACCACAAACCAAACAAUAAAUUAUCUGGCACCAGAAGUCUUCCCAAAGGGGACCUAUGAUGCCAAAAGUGACAUUUGGUCACUGGGAUGCCUACUCUAUGAGCUCUGUACUCUGAAACCAGCGUUCUCAGCAGGGGCUGCAACCAAGCUCAUGCCCACGAUAACUGGUGGUCAUCUCCCAUCUCUCACAGAGCCAUUCUCACCAGAACUUCGUGAACUUUUGAACGAUAUGUUAAGUAGAAACCCUCAAUCAAGACCAACAGCCAGUGAGAUCCUGCAGUGUCCUAUUAUGAUAAACUGUCUUUCAGAAAAGUGUAAAUCAACUGUGGAGACACUCCAGAAAAAGCUGGGAGACCUCAGGGGUCUGGCUGAUGGUUUGGAGCGUGUGCAUCAAGGCACCACCUUUGGCAGCUUGGCAGGAGGAGUGAUUGGGGCGGCAGGAGGGAUAACAUCCAUAGUGGGCCUGGUACUGGCCCCCUUCACUUUGGGAACCUCUCUUAUUGUCACUGGAGUUGGAGUAGGGGUGGGAGUACUUGGUGGGGUCACAGCUGGUGUCUCGAAUAUCACAAAGAUGGCCAACCAGUCUGCUGAUCGCAAGGCUGUUCGACGCAUCAUUAAAGAGUUCGAGGAGAAAAUUAAUGCAGUUGUCAUUUGGCUCCAGGAGCUUAUGGGCAUUUUACAUACAAUCAAUAGCAGAUUUGCCACUGAGCAACGCCAGUUCAAUAAAGACAACUUGCUCAGGCUUAAUGCUGGCAUCAGGGCAGGUAGGGGUUUAGUUGGCAUUGCUGAACUGGCCCGACUUGCUCAAGUGAUAAACAUUGGCAAGAUUGCUGCACAAGCAUCCAGAGCAGUACGUGUGGCACAGACAUUAACGGGUGUGUUUUCUGCUUUAUUUGUGGCAGUGGAUAUAUUUUUCAUCACCAUGGAUGCAAAGGAAAUACACCACAUUAGACAGGCACAAGCAGCAGAGGACACAGGUACAAGUAGCUCUGAGUCAGAGUCUUCUCAAAAUAAAACUCCAGUCAGAUCUGAGGUCAUGAAAUUUGUCCGAUCAAUCAGGCAGGCAGCAGAUAACUUGCAGAAAGUCUUGGAUGAGCUGAAAGGCAUCAUCUCAUCUCUCCCUUCAGUCCAGGAUAAGGGAGCGUCAUGGAGUUGAUGUAACCCAAAGAUCUCAUCGAAGAAGCACAUGAAAUGACACAUUUCAGUCUCGGUCCAGUUGUAACUUCAGUGCUGCCACCUAGUGUCUGCUCCAUGCUGUGUCCCCACCUGAUUCAAUAAAUCAGCUCACAGAGGGGAUCUCUGAUGCUAACAUUUGGGUCUCAAAAGUACAACAAAGCACACCUGACCACCCGAUGUCAGAAGUGCGACAACACAAUUAAUUUGAAAAUGUUCAUUUAAGUUUGUCAAGUUAGAUUCAUGGUCUUCAUUGCAAAUAAUAAUAAAUCAAGAUGGGAACUUUUGGUUUUAAAUGGAAUUCUUCUUAAUUAAAUCAAUCAAAAACUGAUUUGAUCGCCUUUAAAUUAUCAGAACUAAUUCUUGAGACAAGAAUUGGUCAAAUUAGUCACGUUAUUCUGAUGCUGUGUAAUAAUAUAGAUAUAUAUAUAAUAUGAACAUAUAUUUACUUUUCUGCUUAGUUCUCAAUCAGUUAACAGUUUCACAUUUGUGUCUCUUUAUGAUUACAGUCAAAGCCCCCUGUGUGUAGGAUUUGAAGAAGUUUUAAUUUGAUGAUACUUUGGCACAUUACCUACACAUGGCUCCAUCCACAGAUCUGAAUUGGGGAAUCCUGCAAUGAAAAGGCUCAAAUCCAUCCUUCCCCAGGACUGUCUCAUCUUUCCACAAACAAUAAUGUGUGCCACUGCAAUAAUCAGAAAGACGAUAGUAACACACUGACACCCUACUAAAAGGAACUUUAACUGUAUUCAUACACACUAUGAUUUUAAGUCAUUUGUCAACUUCUUUAUCUGAAUGGGGACUCUGACCCUGACUGUCUCCAAACUGCAAUCUUGCAAUUACCAUAUGAAUGUAUUUGUAAUACUUGAAUGUAUACAUCUGAAAAAUAAAUACAAGUUGUAACAAG